AAACAGUGACCCCCGCCUUGCCUGCCCCUUAUCAGGGGCUGCAGCCAAUCAGCUGAGGGCAGAGAGGAGCCCUCCAAGGGGCCAUCGCAGCCUCAGAGCCCACGAGGCCGCCGAGGGAGAGGAGGCCUGAAGCCCAGGGUGGGCACCAGCCAGCCAUGGCCUCAGCUGAGACCGCCUUGCCUUCUAUCAGCACACUGACUGCCCUGGGCCCCUUCCCGGACACACAGGAGGACUUCCUCAAGUGGUGGCGCUCCGAGGAGGUGCAGGACUUGGGCCCGGGUCCCCCCGACCCCACCGGGCUGCCCCUCCACGUGAGGCCGGAGUCGGAGGACAUGCGAGGGGAGGACGAAGACGACGAGAAGGACGCGGCCACCGCCUGGGACCUGGAUCUCCUCCUCACCAACUUCCCGUGCCCAGAGCCGGGCGGCGCGCCCCAGACGUGCGCUCUGGCGCCGGGGGAACCCCUCGGGGCGCAAUUCCCGCCGCCGCCGCCCGAGACUCUGGGCGCGUACGCGGGUGGCCUGGGGCUGAUGGCUGGGCUCUUGGGUCCAGAGGAGCACCCGGGCUGGGCACGCCCGGCCCCACGAGCCCCGGCCCCCGACGCCUUCAUGGGCUCAGCCCUGGUCCCGGGACCCGAGCCCAAAGCGCUGCCGCUGCAGCCGGUAUACCCGGGGCCGGGUGCGGGCUCCUCCGGCAGCUACUUCCCGCGGACCGAGCUUUCAGUGCCUAGCGCGCCGGGCGCCCCCUACGGGCUGCUGUCCGGGUACCCUGCGCUCUACCCGGCGCCGCAGUACCAAGGGCACUUCCAGGUCUUUCGGGGGCUCCCGGCACCCGCGCCCGGCCCCACCGCGGCCCCCUCCUUCCUGAGUUGUCUGGGACCCGGGACGGCGGGUGCGGGAUUCGGGGGCGCCGCAGCAGACCCCGGAGGGACCCCGGAAGCGGCGCCAUCCAAGCGCAGCCGGCGCUCGUGGGCGCGCAAGAGGCAGGCGGCGCACACGUGCACGUACCCGGGCUGCGGCAAGAGCUACACCAAGAGCUCGCACCUGAAGGCGCAUCUGCGCACGCACACGGGGGAGAAGCCAUACGCCUGCACGUGGGACGGCUGCGGCUGGAGGUUCGCGCGCUCGGACGAGCUGACCCGCCACUACCGGAAGCACACCGGACAGCGCCCCUUCCGCUGCCAGCUCUGCCCGCGCGCUUUUUCGCGCUCCGAUCAUCUGGCCUUGCACAUGAAGCGUCACCUUUGAGCCUGGCACUCGGACCUUCCCGGGGACUGGGGAUGGAACAAGAGCAGAUCCAGGCAGGGGGGUUCCCUCGGCUGGACCCUGGCCGGGACUCGCGGCCACACAGAUCCACCGAAAGAUCAAGGGCUGGCCCAUAGACAGACCCGGGGGAGACUCCGACGGAAGCUCCCACACAUGUCCUCAGCCACAGGGAGCCACACAGGCAUCCGAUGGUCACGCAGACCCAGCGAGACAGACCUCCAAAUAAACGAACUCCAAUGGACACUCUGACACUUUGGACAGAGAGACAGGCCUGCAGAUAGCUGGACCCUUAGAUCGGCUCACAGGCGGCCUCGGACAGCGGGAGGGGGUGUGGGGUGAGGCUUCUCAGAGACCCUGGGUCUAGGAGGGGCUUCAUACCGUGACUUCUGAAGCUCCGCACAGUGGCUGGCAUCUGCUGUGAAUGGUUACAAGGGUCCUGUAAAAAUGCUCCUCCCAGAUAAAGCUUCAGCGUUGGCCUGACUUUGUGGGUUUUGGGCGCUGGAAGCUGUGAGGAAGCUGUACCCCCAAGAGGUGAUAUUGGGGAGCCGUACACACCCUCACACCCUCAUCUCCUAAACCUCAGCGACCACCCCUGGGCACUGCAAAUCUUGCCCCCUUUUCCCCCUCCUCCUUGCUCCCAAGAUCAGGCUACAUCGUCCUUGUCUCCUGCCUUGAACCCCAGGAACAUUCACAGGGACCGCCUCCUUCCAUUUAAAAGCCCUGAGCCUGACCCCAGAGCCCUACGUCCUUCCCCUGGCCAUGAUCCGAAGCGACCUCUUGGCUAG